AUGGACAACGUUACCAGCAAGAUUGUGGCGAAAGUGUGCAGUGGCGGUGGCGACGGUGGCAACGGCUCUGACAGGAUAGUCUACAAGUUGGGUAUCCAAGACUUCGACAACUCCGACAGCGAGAUGAAAGACGGCGGCGAAGAUGACGAAAACACCGACUCCGGGGAUGGAGCUCCUUUCGUGGCUCUUCCUCUUGAUUCCGAUGACAAGAAAGCCGACGGUUCGAAUGGAGACGACGCGAAAAGCGGCGACGAUGGUGACAAAUCGGACUCCGGCGAUGGAGCUGCUUCGACUCCUUCUCCUCGUAGCUGUGACGACGAAGACAGUGACCCUGAAUUCUACGAGGAAGACAAAGAAGUCCACAAGAAGGACGGACAGGCAGAAUCCCUCGCGACUCUUUUUGAGACGCUUUACGUGUCUCGCAAGACGAUCCAGAGAAGUGUAUCCGCUGCUGCUGUGGUCGAACAACAGAGCAGUGCACUUCCUUACUCUCCAGCCACCGGAAGUUCCAAAGACACGGACGGAAUGGAGUCACUUGUGGCUCUCUUUGAGAAACUUUCCAUGUCUGACGAGAGGACCAAGAAGGACGAGGUGGAGUCACUUGUGGCUCUGUUUAAGAACCUGUCCGUGUCUGGCAAGAGAGGCCAGAAUGCGGUGUCAGCUCCGGCUCCUCCCAAGCGGACGGACGGGGUAGAGUCAUUCGUGGAUCGCUUCAAGAAGCUGUCCGUGUCUGGCAAGAGACGCCAGGACACUGCGUCGGCUCCAGGGUCCACCCCGGUCGAGAGGCCGGGAGUGGUGCUGCUGGCGGUGGACGAAGAGGAUGGUUAUACAACGUUCUCAAGUCGUCCGACAGCAGUCCGCUCCUGGAACACCUCGCCCGCUGGUAGUCACCACCGGCGAGCCAGCGUCGUCACGCCGAACAUCGAUGAAAUCAUCGUUUCCUUGCGGGAGCUGGAUCAGUUGGAGCAUGGGAUGAAAUCCUGGCCCGAGGACAGUUACGGUAACAUGGACGAGUCGUGGACUGUCGUAAAAACGGAAGGUGGCAACUACAAUCCCGGCUCGACCGAUUCAGGAAAGACUAACCACGCUCAGACGGAGGGCUCGAACAACAGCUACUGCAAAGCGGACGGCUCGAACCAUAUCUACUGCAAGGCAGUCGACUCGGGUGAGACCGACGAUGCCAACCUCACGGACGAUAGCUACUCCAAUACCGACCCGGCCGAGGACGAAAACGACGAUACCAACUCAGAGGAUGCCUACUCUGUGGCUGACGAUAAUGACACGAACAAGGUGCGCAAGGCAAUUCAGUUACCGAUAAACACUGCUGGUAAAGAGGAAGGCCACGGCAUCGAAAAUGUGGUGGAUUCCGAUGGACAAAAUACGGCAGAUGAAGACAGCAGUGAGACUGGUACAGGAGAGGUUCUGGUGGAGGAGAAUGAAAAUACACCGGAGAAGAGUGGGUAUCUGGCGGACGCAGAGGAUAGUGGCUUGGUGGAGCAGGUCGCAAAUCUCACGGAAGGGAGGCGGAUUCAGAAGAUAGUGACAUGGAAGAAGAAGGUUCAGUAG